CAUUGCAGAAAUUCUGUGCGUCUGGUCAUCAGGAAGGUACAGUUCGCCCCAGAGAAGGCCGGGCCUCAGCCAGUAGCAGAGACCACAAGAAACUUUUUGAUGUCAGACCGAUCAUUACAUCUAGAGGCCUCUCUAGACAAAGAGCUGUAUUACCAUGGGGAAGCCAUCAAUGUAAAUGUCCACGUGACCAACAACUCCAGCAAAACAGUCAAGAGGGUGAAAGUGUCCGUCCGGCAGUACGCAGACAUCUGCCUGUUCAGCACAGCACAGUACAAGUGUCCAGUCGCUCAUAUUGAACAAGAUGACCAGGUGGCGGCCAGCUCUACAUUCUGUAAAGUUUACACUCUGACUCCACUUCUGUCUAAUAACCGGGAGAAGCGGGGUCUGGCCUUGGAUGGAAAACUGAAGCAUGAGGACACCAACCUAGCAUCAAGCACCAUUGUGAAGGAGGGAUCCAGUAAAGAAGUGCUGGGAAUCCUCGUCUCCUACAGAGUAAAAGUUAAACUGGUGGUGUCCCGUGGAGGGGAUGUGGCGGUGGAGCUUCCUUUUGUCCUCAUGCAUCCAAAACCCCCAGAGCCAGCGCCAAGACCUAUAUCCGGUAAGUGGGGCUUGAUCUCUUUUUGCUUUCCAGAGUUCCCUCAGUCAGAUGUGCCUGUUGACACAAAUCUCAUAGAAUUUGAAACAAAGUAA